UCUGUCUACAGCCCGCCUCCCGCCGCGGAGGUGCCCGGUGAAGUCUUGGCUUGUGCACCCAGGGUUGCAGGGGGUUAGGGGCCCAGGAAGUCGGGGACACCGCGCUGUGCUGCUGUGUCCGCACCCUCGUCUGUCAACAGCAAGACUGCUCGAGACCAGGGUGUCCUUUUUCCUUUCCCUUGUCAUCUCCCUGUCCCUGGCCCAACAUGAUACUGACCAAAGCCCAGUACGACGAGAUAGCCCAGUGCCUAGUGUCUGUACCGCCUACCAGGCAGAGCCUGAGGAAGCUGAAGCAGAGGUUCCCCAGUCAAUCGCAGGCCACUCUGCUGAGCAUCUUCUCCCAGGAGUACCAGAAACACAUUAAGAGAACACAUGCCAAACAUCAUACUUCAGAAGCGAUUGAAAGUUAUUACCAGAGGUAUCUGAAUGGAGUGGGGGAAAAUGGAGCUGCCCCAGUGCUCCUAGAGCUAGCCAAUGAGGUGGAGUAUGCACCCUCAUUAAUGGCUCGGAUCAUACUGGAAAGGUUUCUACAAGAGCAUGAGGAAGCUCCACCCUCCAAGUCUGUUAUAAAUAGUAUGCUACGGGACCCUUCUCAGAUUCCAGAUGGAGUUCUAGCAAAUCAGGUCUAUCAGUGCAUCGUGAACGACUGCUGUUAUGGACCACUGGUGGACUGCAUCAAACAUGCCAUUGGUCAUGAGCAUGAAGUCCUGCUGAGGGACCUGCUUCUGGAGAAAAACCUAUCCUUCCUAGAUGAAGAUCAGCUUCGUGCAAGGGGUUAUGACAAAACACCAGACUUUAUUUUACAAGUACCAGUUGCUGUAGAAGGGCACAUAAUUCACUGGAUUGAAAGCAAAGCCUCAUUUGGUGAUGAAUGUAGCCACCAUGCCUACCUGCAUGACCAGUUCUGGAGCUACUGGAAUAGGUUUGGGCCAGGCUUAGUCAUCUACUGGUACGGGUUUAUCCAGGAGCUGGACUGUAACCGGGAGAGGGGCAUCCUGCUGCAUGCCUGCUUCCCCACUGACAUCGUCACCUUGUGCCACAGUGUUGCGUGACCCUGAUGGUCCUGGAAGAGAAGCUGGGAGGAAAAGGUGAAUCCGGAAGCAAUUUUACUUUCCUGCAGCGUAAACUCCUGGCAACAUCUGCCCUGAACUUCAGCUGAACUCUCGCUGCCCGUGGUCACACCACUACCUCUUUAGACAAACAUAUCAAGAGUUUCUGUUUUCCUUCAUCCCUUGCUCAUGGGAACAGCCAAGAACUACAGACACAACCCACUCAUUAUCAGCAUUUCUGUCUCCGUCAAACAGUUAGUUUAUAGAUAGUCAUAAUCUUUCUUCCUUCCGGAUGGUUUCUCCUUAUAUACUGAACAAAAGAAAAAAUGUGGAGACUGAAAGGUGUGAUUUUUCAAUUCUCCGCCCAGUUACCGAAUUGCCCUCUUAUUUUUUUUUUUUUUUUUUUUGGCUAAGCCUGCAUUCAUUAUGUCUCCCUCCCCAUUUCUCUUCAUGUAGAGUUACAGAUACCCAGGGUUGCAUUACCGUCAUGGAAUAACCUCUCACGGUCCUAGCAAAGCCAAAGUCAUGAAGGCUACAACUAGAUUUUCUCACCCACCUGCAAGGGCUGAUCUUGCUGGGAGCCUGAGUUUGUUUUGCCCAGUCUUUAUGGUUUCCUGACUUCUAUGGCAGUAAGCCAAGCUGAAAAAAAUACAUUUGAUGAAAAUUUCUUCUUUUUAUAUUACUUGUUUGAACACCAAACAUUUUCCACUUAUCUCAUUUAAAAGCAUUAGUUAUGUUGUGUCUGGAAACCACGCUUCUCUUUUGGAUUGGGGGCUGAGGGCAGACAACUGAAGCUCGGGGCCAGCCUUGACAAGAGUUUAUUUUUAAACACGACUAAUUGUCUGUAGGUAUGGAUGGUAGUUGGUAUUUUUAUGAGUAAAGUUUUUCAAAAGUGCAUUCUUUACCCUGCUUUAUAUCUCCUUUUAUACCACAUAAUUAUAUAACACUCAAAUAAUUUAGGCAUUAGGGACGUUUGGCUUUGAAUGAAUUAAGUGUACCAAAAAUAAACCUAGAGCAGUUUUCAGGUUAGCAAAAUAAAAGAAGUUUUGUAUUUGUUCACUUUCAUUUAUUCACUUUUUAUACUGCAAACCAAAUUUCAAUCUGAAGGAAAACAUCAUUAUAAAUUCAUUAUAAACCUAUCUUUUAGGAAGGUAAAAAAUUAAUCCAUACCCAAAAAUGUAUUUAGUAAAAUUUUCCCCCAUGUUGACAAAAAAUAAUAUUCUUUAUAAUGUUGAGUGAGUUUGGAAAUAUUAGUAAAAAUGUAACUUUUACAAACACCCUCAAGUUAUAUGCAUUGCUUGGUUCUUUCAAAAGACUAACUGUACUGUCUGUCCUUUGUUCAUUUUGCACCUAAGAGGGUAUGCAGACGUCUGCCUAUUGCCUUUCCUUUUGAAGAACACAAACAUGUCGGGUUCAGGCAUGGAUUUUAGCUCUGUGGUAGGUUGCAUUAAACAAGAAAGAGGGAGAAGAUGAAAUGGUAUGGUAUUAUCAGGCAAACUUGUACUUCAGUGUAAAAUUCACCAUACAGGUUUUGUGAGUAAAAUAGAAUGAUUGGGAACCACUGCUGUUGUUCUUGAUACACACCACACACACUCACACUUGGGAACCACUGUUGUCUUGAUACAUCACACACACGCACACACACACACACACACACGCACACUCACACACACACACGCACACUCACACACACACUCUUAGACCAAACUGUUGUUAAAAGCAGUUUUCAUGGCAUGCUUUAAACUGAUUUUUCUUCUUUAGGAGUAAAUUAUACAUGGAUCUUCACAAAUGUUGAAAACCUUGUUAAACCCUCAUCAAAGAUUUGUUUAUUUUACAUUAAACAAAUUUAUGAUGAAGGGGCACAAAUAAAUUUAAAAAAUGAAAGAGGCGCUUGCUCCUACCUGGCACCCUGACAUAAUAUGUUAGGAGAAGGUACCAGUGUUCUCUGGCAAAGGCACCACCUUUUCUUUAUGCAUGAGAUUUUAAAAUCUGGCCCUGAAAAGUGGGAAAGAAACCAGCGGUAGACUGUACAUACCAUGAUAAAGUUACAAAGUUAUUUAAAACUACGCUUUAUACAACAUAAAGACUAAUGUGAUUAUAACAUGUAUUACUUUUCAGUAGACAUUGGAGGAGUGGUGUUGGGGGGACUGAUGUUCCUAGACUAGAAGCCUUUUAUGUAAGAAAUACUUAUCUGUGCUAUUAAUAUUUCUAUGUGUGUUAUUUGUUUGCUUGUUUGUGGUUUUUUUUAAUUUAGACAGUAUAAACAUCAUCCCUAAAGAGUAGACAUACGGUGAUAUAUUUUUGGUUUUGCUCUUGUCAUUAGAACAUUAACGUUAAAGUCAAAUCCUACUUUAUGUGGAUCUCUGCAAACCAUGCUGAUGAAUUAAGCCAAGUCAGAAAGCAGGAGUGUGUGUACAAACAUAAAACUCAAUGAAGUUCUCUCUGGCAUAUGUAGACUUGCCAAGCGUCUGCUCUGACAAACAAACAAGAGACCCUGUUUGUUCGAAGCUCUCAGAGGGAUGAGUUCAGAGCAAAGCUGAUCCAGCGCCGAUACUUCAAGCUAUUUCACAGACUUGGUCCCGCCCCAUUUCUACCCCAAACAAACAAAAAACAAUGAGACUUCUUUUUUUUUCUUAAUUUGCUUUGGGCAAGGUGUCUGUUAACUCUUCUAAACACUCCUAAAUCAUAUAUAAAAGGGAGGCUCCGGUGCAGAGUAGAGAACUGGCUCUCCAGGGGACAUCAUUUUCCUUUAAGCAUAGGUGUGUGUAGCUGCUCAUUAUUGGCAAGGCUUAAUUCCACUCUGGAAAAAGAUGAUAAGUUGUCAGGUCUUUGAGGGGGUGCACUCACUCCUUGAAGCCGCCUGGGGAUUGCUUAGCACCCUGGAUGAGGUCAUCCACUAAAUGGGCCCCAUGGCCCUCACUAAUUAACGCACAGCGCCCAAGUGAACAGUUAAUUCACUCGCCCCUCCCUGAGGAGCUACACCCAGUGUUUCCUUUCCUCUCUGGAACCAAGAUACCCGAGAUGUCUG